UGGUUAUGGGUGUGGUCCGGUGGUGGGGGCGGUGGUGCUGAUUGUAAAGGGGGAAAUAACAACUAAGCGCCAAGCCAUUUUACUGUGGGAAGUGCGAACAUUCUGAUAAAACCUUGGCUUUUUGCGAUAACACACUGUUGCUUUAGUGGCUGGCAAGAUUAACGACAACUCAUCUUUUUCUUCCCUCGUUUCUGUUGUGUUCUUCUUUUUUCUAUCUUUUCCCCCAAUUUUGUGCGAUCCAGUUUCCUCGCUUUUCUUUUUCCAGAUCAUCAAUUCCAAAUCUUUGAUUUUUAGCCUUCACAUUGGUCCCGACUAUUGUUAAAAGAUCAAGACAAUUAAGUGGAGUGUGGGGCUUCAUUUUGUUUUUUGUUUUUGUUUUGUCCCUCGCAUCUUUUUCCUUUCUUCAUAUCCUAAAAAGAUUGCACCCCAACUGUUUGAUGAUAUGCCUCUGAGACCCUUCAACUGUUUGAUUUGAUCUUCGCUGUUUCUCUUAUCGAUUCUUCAUACGUCUCAUUAAAUCUUGAUAUCGGUGUCGCUUGUUUUCAUCAUACUUUCAUAUUCGAAGAUAACCGAGGUCCUCCAAAUUCCCAUUGGUAAGAGAAAGAUUUUAUUUCGGAAUGUGGAUUUUUUAGGGUUUGAAUAAUCGAAAAUUUGGGUGGUUUUGAAGAGAGAGAAAGAUAUAAAGAAUUAAAACAGAGCGUGGUGGAUGUCAGUGGUGGCAAGUGGAGGUGCCUCUGGUGGUGUAAAAACUGAAAAUUUUGUACUUAAAAGAGUCUGUGAAAGUGCGUGUCAUUUUUAGCAGUGUCUCCUUGUUUACCCCAUCCCCCCCACCAUUUUUGGGUUUAUGAUAGAAUCCAAGGUGGUUUAAUUUGAUUGAAUCUUAGACUUGAUUGAAGUUUUCGGUUUUUCAAGAUGAAGUUCAUGAAACUUGGAUCAAAGCCCGAUUUGUUUCAAUCUAAUGGCGAAAACAUCCGAUAUGUAGCAACCGAUCUCGCAACCGAUAUGAUCAUAAGAGUUGGAGACAUCAAAUUUUAUUUGCACAAGUUUCCCUUGUUGUCUAAAAGUGCGCGUUUGCAAAAACUAGUUGCGGUUUCAGAUACCGAAAAUAAUCAAGAACUCGAAAUCCAUGAUAUUCCCGGUGGGCCCGCGGCAUUUGAAAUUUGUGCCAAGUUUUGUUACGGGAUGACAGUCACACUCAACCCGUACAAUGUAGUAUUGGCUCGAUGCGCAGCCGAGUAUCUAGAAAUGUAUGAAACUAUCGAUAAAGGCAAUCUAGUUUACAAGAUCGAAGUGUUCUUGAAUUCAAGCAUCUUUAGAACUUGGAAAGAUUCAAUCAUUGUUUUCCAAUCAACAAAAGUUCUCGUUCCAUGGUCGGAAGAAUUAAAGAUUGUUAGCCAUUGUUUAGACUCCAUUGCUUCAAAAGUUUCAGUGGAAACUUCCAAAGUCAAUUGGUCUUACACUUACAAUCGAAAAAAAUCGGGAAACGAAUCGCCAAGAAAAGUUGUAGUCCCAAAAGAUUGGUGGGUUGAAGAUUUGUGUGAUCUUUCAAGUGAUUUAUAUAAACGAGUUAUAAUCACAAUCAAGACAAAAGGGAACGUGGGUUCGGAUGUUCUUGGUGAAUCUUUAAGAGCUUAUACACAAAAAAGAUUACCUUGGUUUGGUAAAAAAGACGAAAAGAAACACGGGAAUGAUUUAAAAACUCGUUCUUUAAUCGAAAUGAUAAUGGAACUCCUUCCGGAAGAAAAAGAAAAAGAAACCGUUUCUUGUGGGUUUUUGGUUCAUUUAUUGCACGCGUGUGUGGUUUUGGAGUGUGGGGUGACACGAAAGGAAGAAUUGAUGAGAAGGAUUGGGCGGGAGUUGGAGAAUGUGUCGGUUGUUGACGUGGCGAUUCUUGAUGUUGAUUUGGUUCAAGAACUUGUUGCAAUGUUUAUGAUGCGGGAUCAAAGUGGGGAAGAUCAAGAUGAGUUUUUGGAGGUGAAAUGUGUUGAUUCAAAUGCAAAAGUUAAUGUUGCAAAGAUUAUCGAUGGGUAUCUUGCGGAAAUUGCAAAAGAUCCGUGUUUGCAGUUGUUAAAGUUUGCGGAUCUUGCGGAUAUGGUGUCGACUUUACCUAGAUCAACACAUGAUGGGAUUUAUCGCGCUAUUGAUAUGUAUCUUAAGGAACAUCCGGGGAUCGGAAAGAGCGAAAAGAAAAGAAUUUGCCGGUUAAUGGAUUGUCGAAAGUUAUCACCGGAAGCUUGCCGGCACGUGGUUCAAAACGAGCGACUGCCGUUACGUGUGGUGGUGCAGGUGCUCUUUUUUGAGCAAGUGCGCUCCACCACAACAGGUGGGAUCAGUGAGAUCCCACCUGGACAUGGACCCACCGGUGGGUCCCGUGGCAGUUCAAGAACUGCCACGACAAAUACAGAAGAAGAAUGGGGGUCGGUCCCCACAAGUGAAGAGCUCAAGACGUUGAAAGGGGAGCUUGAGAAAGGUGGCGAGAAGACGAGUAGUAAAGUGAAGGGGGUGUUAACGUCAAAAAGGAUAUUUAUGAAGGUGUUUUCGGGUAAAGAUAAGGAGAGUGAUAACGGUAGUUCCGAUACAUCCGAGAGUCGAUCCACAAAUGCUGAGGAAAUGAAGAGCAGGAGGCAGUCUUUGUCAUAGGUUAUUAUGUUUUUUGUAAAUUGAUGUGUUUUUUUUUUAAGGUUUUAGGGUUUAGAGGACUUUUGUAAGGAAAUGAACCUUUUCUAUUGAGGAGCUCUUUAGUAAAAUUAGGGAUUCCUAGUAUGUUUGGAAAUUUUAAUGUAGCAAUGAACAAGUGUCUUCUAUUUUUUUUUGGCAAAAAAUCCACGUCUCACUAUCAAA